AUGAAGUCAAAGAAGCUGUUGCUGAGUGGUGGAGAAAAAGUGAAACGCUUUGACGACUUUAUCGUCUUCGGCCGUUACGUGGGAUUGUUCUGUUUCGUGUGCGAGUUCGUCAUUCUCUCACAAUGCGCCACGAUGUUCUAUUUUGUGUAUGCUGGAGCCGCCCCACCAACGGAAACCCUCGUUUGCAAUGGGGACGAGCGAACGCUGGCGUUGACGAACCACGCGAAAUGUAAUCUCGUCCGAAUCGGCAACUGCACACAACCGAAAAUCGACUAUCAAUUCAAAUCGUUACAUGUUGAGUUUAAUCUCUUCUGUGAUCUGGCAAAAACGGUGAAAAAUGUGAUCUCGUUGCAAAUGAUUGGAGUGCUCGUGGGAAGUGUCAUCUUCGGGCAACUCAGCGACUCGUUUGGCAGGAAAACGACUCUCCUCUUCGGUUUGAUCGGCUGCUCGUUAACGCAAAUCAUUUCCGCUUUUGCGCCAACAUUGGGAUGGUUUACGGGGGUUCGAAUCGCUGCCGGUUUCUUCCUUGGCGGAUCGAUUGCAGUGUUCAACGUGUUUUGGGUGGAGAAUCUGCCGACAAAGUCGAGGCUGUGGAUCAGUAUGUUGAUCACCUGGUCACCAAACAUGGCACCGAUCGCUUUGAUCGCUUUUUAUUCGGAAUCGUGGGACGCUUUCUCGAUCACGUUAGGAUCGAUCAUGCUCGUUGCGGCGAUAUUGUUGGCGCUUUUCGUGCACGAGUCUCCUCGAUGGUUGAUUCAAAAGGGGAAAAUCGCCGAGGCUCGAAUCGUCAUGCAAAAAGUAUUCAAGAUGGAUCGACGACCGGAAUCCGGCUUCGAUGAGCUCGAAAAAGUGCUCAUUUAUGAGCACGAGCUCCUUCAAAAGCAACGUGCUAAAGGGAAACACUACUACUAUUAUCAUCUCUUCUCAACUCCGUGGCUCACGAUGAUCACCAUAAUCUUAUCGUUUACAUUCCUAUCCAUUUCGAUCAUCAACUAUGGUAUUAUGUUUAAUUUCGAGCAAAUGAGUGGCUCGAUCUAUAUGAAUAUGGUCUACACGGGUUUGAUUCGCUGGAUCUCCAAUCUGACUUUCGCUUGGUUGGACUAUCGCUACAAAUGGUGUGGCCGGAAAUUCGUGCACUGGUUUGGUCUCCUUUUCAUCGUUCUUCCAUUAGCCCUCGUGAUUUUGGCGCAUUAUUGGAAUCUAUCCACUCAAUUGAGCUUGUACAUUCGACUAUCGAUUCUCGUGGCUGUCUCAAUGACGUCACAGAUCUACAUCUCGGCCACAAUCCUCUCGAAUGAGCUCUUCCCGACUCCAAUCCGAAAUCUCGCCUUCUCAUUCCAGUCGCUCUUCAAUCGUUUCGGCGUCGUUCUGUCGCCUUUCGUUUUUUAUUUGGUUGACUACUGGGUGGCUUUACCGUUCGUCGUGAUGUGCAUCACCGCCUCGAUCGACAUUGUUACAUGGCAUUUCUUGCUGCCCGAGACGAAAAAUCAGCCAAUGGUGGAACACAUGCCAAAGACGAAGAAAAGAAACAUGGAAAAAGAGCUGCGGCUCGUUUCGAAUGCAGCU